CUGAGGGAAAGGGGGGAGCGGGCGGGGCGGCGGCCAACGGUCGGCGGCGUGAGGGGACGGCGCUGCUGCCGCCUGCGGGAGAAGAGGAGGAGGAGGAGGAGGAAGGGAGGAAGAGAGGAAGGAAGGGGCUGCUGCUGCUGCUCUUGCUGCUGGACGUGGUGGUGGUGCCCCGGGCAGAGCCUCCCCCUCCCGCCGGGCCGGGCGGGGCGGGCUCCGCGGCCGCGAUGUCUCAGGAGCGGCCCAAGUUUUACCGGCAGGAGCUGAACAAGACGGUGUGGGAGGUGCCCGAGCGCUACCAGAACCUCUCCCCGGUCGGCUCCGGGGCCUACGGCUCCGUCUGCUCUGCCUUUGACACGAAAACCGGGUUGCGUGUGGCUGUAAAGAAGCUGUCCCGACCAUUUCAGUCUAUCAUCCACGCCAAGCGGACCUACCGAGAGCUGCGACUACUUAAGCACAUGAAGCAUGAAAAUGUUAUUGGUUUGUUGGAUGUGUUCACCCCUGCCAAGUCACUAGAAGAAUUCAAUGAUGUGUACUUGGUGACACACCUUAUGGGAGCAGAUCUGAACAACAUUGUGAAAUGCCAGAAACUCACAGAUGACCAUGUGCAGUUCCUCAUAUACCAGAUUCUUCGGGGGCUGAAGUACAUCCAUUCAGCUGACAUAAUACACAGAGAUUUAAAACCCAGUAAUCUAGCUGUAAAUGAAGACUGUGAGCUAAAGAUCUUGGAUUUUGGCUUGGCUCGACACACAGAUGAUGAGAUGACCGGGUACGUGGCUACCCGGUGGUACAGGGCUCCUGAGAUCAUGCUGAACUGGAUGCAUUACAACCAGACAGUUGAUAUUUGGUCAGUGGGAUGCAUUAUGGCUGAACUGUUGACUGGAAGAACGUUGUUCCCCGGUACAGACCAUAUUGAUCAGUUGAAGCUCAUUUUGAGACUCGUUGGAACCCCAGGGCCUGAGCUUUUGAAGAAAAUCUCCUCAGAGUCUGCAAGAAACUACAUCCAGUCUUUGUCUUACAUGCCGAAAAUGAACUUUGAAAAUGUGUUCAUCGGUGCCAAUCCACUAGCUGUGGACUUGCUAGAGAAGAUGCUGGUACUGGAUACAGACAAGCGAAUUACUGCAGCGGAAGCAUUGGCUCAUGCCUACUUUGCUCAGUACCAUGACCCAGACGAUGAACCAGUGGCAGACCCCUAUGACCAGUCGUUUGAAAGCAGAGAACUUGAGAUUGAAGAAUGGAAAAGCCUGACUUACGAUGAAGUAAUCAGCUUUGUGCCACCACCGCUUGACCAAGAGGAGAUGGAGUCCUGAGAACCUGCUCUCUUCUGUUUGUCCCACUUCACUGUGAGGGGAAGGCCUUUUCAAAGGGACUCUCCAAAUAUCAUUCAAGUGCCUCGUCACAACAAUAUUCUCCUUGGUGGAGGGGUUUUGUGUGUGUUGAAUCGGGGAGGGUGGGGGGAGGGAAGAAAGCUGAGUCUAUGUAAACAUGCUGCAUGCUCUUGUAUUCUGUGUACAGCCUGGGGCAAGCCUCUGAAGACCUGUUCUGACUGCUCUUUAGUCCUCCACAGAAACAGUGCUCAAACAGUUGGCGCUGCUGGGGCAAGGUGGGGAAGGUGACAUUCAAAGUUGGGUUGCAAUCGUUGCCAUUCAUCAGUUGUUCUACAAUUAAGUAACCUCAAAAUAAGGGAAGUUGGUUGAUAGGCGUAGAGACUCCUCUGUUUUCUUCAGGAGUGAGGGUAAGGCUGAGGGAUGUCCUUGUUCCAUGCCAGGGGGCUGAUCUACAUCCAGAUCUUCCUGGUACAGCAGAACAUACAGGCUUUCUGAUGACUGGUUCUUGGAACGUGAAAAGGUUUUGUUUGAAACUGUAAAUAAGUUUGUGCCUUAAGUGAACGGGGAAUGAGGGGAAAGAAAGUCUGGAGUGGAAAAUCUGACCCUGCUGUUUUUCAGGGUGAAGGCUCCCAGAUAGCCAGGCAUGAACUCUGUAUUCAGGAAAUAACUUGCCGAGGCAAAAGCAUCUCGCCUUGGAUUGGGUAUUCUGUGUUCUUGCCUCUUCCCCUCUUCUCGUUCUGAGGCUUCCCAGCAUUAGUUCUCAGGAGACAGAGGCUGGGGAAGAUUCUUGCUAGCCACGUGUUGUGUAUCUUGUUCCGUGAAAGGUGGGAUUGGACGUUCUUGCAUGUCGUAGCUGUAUGUGCAUGUAGAGCUGCUUACUUCUUGUUACUUCCUGGGGACGGCACUGGGGCAGUUAAAUCGUCAGUGACCAGUGUCACUGAGUACCUCAGCCAGUGCCAUGAAAUCACAGCAUCCUUCCUCUUGUGUUGCAGCUCGGUGUGAAACACCUGCCGGGGUGGAGGCUUUGGUGAGAAAAGGGUAAAAUAUAGGGCACAGAAACACGCACCUCUCCUUUAGUUCUGAUCUUCUGAUUUCAGAGGAGGAGAGACUGGGAUGGAGGGUUUCUCGUGAGAUCAAGUGUAAAAGAAAAAAAAAUGUUUUUCAAAGAAACAACUAUGGCAUCUUGUGCCAGAAUUUAAGUUAUUUCCUGGAAAGAAUUUUUUCCUAAAAGUGUUGGAAUCCAAAGCAAAGAAAAAAGCAUGCAUAAAACCACAAUCUCCCUUUCACUGUCUGUAUCUAUAAAUAUAAGUAUUUAUAUAUAUAAAACUAACAUUUACUAGAGGAUAUUUUACCACCUCCGAUAAGAGCUUCUCGGCUGUUUUUUAGCAGGUCGAUCUCUGCUUGAGGAAACAGGAAAAAGGAGUAUGUUUGAAUACAAACAUGGUUCAAAUCUUUUGUAUUUUACAGGUCUCUGCACGAAUUUAAUGCCCAGAGGUAGCUACUGGCAGAAGGGAGGUUUCUCAGCAUUUUUGUGUGCUAGAACUGUACCUGGGGAGCUCAGGAGCCCAGUUUUAGGACUUGUGGAGGAGACCUUUUUAAGACAUUUAUCUGUUGCAGGCAUCCUGUGCAGACAGCGUACCCGUGUAUGUGAGGAGAAGGGCUUUGCAGUAUUUUGUAUUCUUGUUACCUAUGGAGAGGAACUGUUUGUAGUGUUUUUACCACGUGUUUGAAGAGGCAGCACAAAGGGAUGGGACACGAAAAAUAAAGCCAUCAAUUCCUCCUAGGCUACUUUCCAGUGAUCUCUUCAGGUCAAACACUUUAUGAAGUCUGGGGUGAGAUGAACGGAGAGUUAUGCCACGCUCUGGGGUAAAACUCUCCUUAGACCAACAAGAUCAAGACAGAAAACCUCCCUUUUCUGCUGGACCGGCAGUCCAGGUAUUCAAAUGAAAAAUGUAGAUAUACUCUGUAAACCUACAGCAAGAUUAUUUUUAUCAGCCAUUUUAUGUGUAGAUGCUACAGUGUGAUUCCAUGCGGAAAUAUUGCUACAGAUUUUUAAAAAAACUAUAGACAUUGUGUGUGCGCGUGUGUCUGUGCGUGUGUGUGAGUGGGAAUGUUUCAUCCGAAGUCCGUACUCUAAGGGGAGCCCAUGUGGCAUGCACUCCCUGCCUGCGGUGCAAUGCUGUUCAGCUGCCUGGGGACUGAACAGGAGGAUGCACUUCAAAGAAGAGAUCUGCUAUUUUGUUUCUAUCCAUGAAUUUUGCUGUAAUUGGUUAUGCCAGAUAAGAUGUCACAAUACCACUGGUUAAAAAUAAAACCUAUUUUUCAGAUUUAUUGCA